UUGGAUCGUCUCCGAGCACAGGAUUUUAUUUGGAGGCCAUAUUUGGGAUUGGAACAUCAACCCAACCCCGAAGAUGCAGCUGUUUGGACAGCAAAAACGGCCAUAAUGCGGUUCACCACUGUGGAGAUGCACCAAAGUGACCGUGUCAAGCUUCAAUUCGGAAUGCAUCAAGACAUCCCAGGCCCCCCAAUGUCCAUGGAACCUUGGCAUCUAAAAAAAGUCAGCCACCAGUGGUAUGCCCAAAAUUGGAAGGAAUUUGCUAAGGAGUUUCGAAAAAUGUGGAAAGACCGUGCCCACUAUGUUCUACAAUUUCCGGUGGCGCCCAACGAAAUGAAGCCGACAAGGGAAUAUGUGGAAUGGUAUAGAGCAAAUACCAAUCCAGAAAUGAUUGUGUCUGACCCGUUCUAUUUGGACGAUCCCCGGAUGCAACAGCCAUAUUUCCAACAACAACAACCACCACAGUAUUCCCAACAACAACAACCACCACCUUAUUACCAACAACAACCACCACAACCAUUUUACCAACAACAACCACCACCACCUUAUUACCAACAACAACCACCACCACCAUAUUACCAACAACAACAACCACAACACAUGUCCACCCCCCAACCAAAUCAACAAUACAUACCACAAACUCAAUCCCAAUACCAUGAAGACUACCAACAACAAACUCAACAUUCCCACCACCAUCAACAGUCCCAACACCUACCACAAUAUCAAUCCCCCUACUUCCACCAAUCCCAACACUUCCAACACGACAAUUUCCCAAGCUCUUCCAGUCCUCCACCUAGCCCCGACACGGGUAUACAAGAGGACUACCAACAGGACUACUACACACCACAACAAACAUUGCACUUUGGCCAACCCGAUUCAACCCUAAACUACCAAAGACCACAAUUCGAGGGCGCACCCAGCAGUAGUCAGUUUGUCCCACCGAGACAAAGCUUCGAGGGCGCAGAGGGGACCCGUCUUUCCUACAGCACUGAAGGGACUUCGACCGAACCACAACGGCAAGCGGCAAGGGGGCGUGUUAGGGCAAGGGGUGGUAAUAGGGAAGCACCACCACCACGUGAACCGUCUAGGCGAGUAACUAGACCUCCCCCGUGCGGAUCGUACAAGGGACCGCAUCAUAUGUGAUUAAUCAUAUCUUUGUAAUAUUUGCCUUGUCUAUUAUUUAAAUAAAAAUAUUUUCUGU